ACGACAAGCCUCAAUCAACCCGACAACCCCUCGACAUUGCCCACCGCGUUGCUUUGGCGAAGGACUGCAAGAUAAGAGAGUAGUCCAGUCCAGAAACCGCAAUCAUGGGUAUCUCCAGAGAUUCACGCCACAAGCGUUCAGCUACCGGUGCGAAGCGGUCCCACUACCGAAAGAAGAGAGCUUUCGAGAAGGGCCGUCAGCCAGCCAAUACCCGUAUUGGUCCUAAGAGAAUCCACGUUGUCCGCACUCGUGGUGGAAACCAAAAGUUCCGUGCUCUCCGUCUUGAAUCCGGCAACUUUUCAUGGGGAUCCGAGGGAGUCGCUCGUAAAGUCCGUGUGAUCGUUGUCGCCUUCCACCCUUCGAACAACGAACUUGUCCGCACCAACACCCUCACCAAGUCCGCUGUCGUCCAGGUCGACGCUGCUCCUUUCAGAACAUGGUACGAAGCACACUACGGCCAGCCCUUGGGCAGAAGACGUCAGACUAAGGCCGCCGAUGCCGAGGAGGUCAAGAAGUCCAAGAGCGUUGAGAAGAAGCAAGCCGCCCGAUUUGCCGCCCACGGAAAGGUUGAGCCAGCUCUUGAGAGACAGUUCGAGGCCGGUCGUUUGUAUGCGGUUAUUUCUUCUAGACCUGGUCAGAGCGGUCGGGUUGAUGGUUACAUUCUUGAGGGCGAGGAGCUCGCUUUCUACCAACGUGCUAUCAGAAAGUAAAGCACUUUUUGAUGGGGUUUUCGGUCGGAGUUCCUGCAUUUGCAAAAAUUAUGUUGAUGAGCAGUACCAACGCAUGCAUGUUUGUAGAACUCUGGGCUACCUUGAAUUACCAAUCGGAAUGAAAUUUUCUUUUUACUUUUAAUGAAC